CCAGUGCUGAUUUCCCAUACAACGGUCAAGCUAUAGGAGAUGGAGUUAACAGAAAUUCUGCCAUUAUUGGAGGCAUCAUCGCAGUGGUGAUCUUUACCAUCCUCUGCACCUUGGUGUUCCUGAUCCGUUACAUGUUUCGCCACAAGGGAACCUACCACACCAAUGAGGCCAAAGGGGCAGAGUCAGCCGAGAGUGCCGACGCUGCCAUCAUGAACAAUGACCCUAACUUCACAGAAACCAUCGAUGAGAGCAAAAAGGAAUGGCUUAUCUAA